AUGAAGCGCCGGCCGGUCGAGCAGCUUGUCUAUGAGUGCAUGAUCCCACGACCCAAACAGUCGGAUCCACCAAACUUUCCUAGCAUUCUCAACCAGUAUCUUGUAAUCGAAGUCCGGCAAGAGGUCCUCGCAUUCUACGGACACAUCAACACACAGGAAGCCCGAUACCCAGGUCUCGACUAUUGCCAUCCCGUUCACCGCAUUCGACUCAGUCGCUGGCCAUGGCACCGCCGCCUGUUCCGUGCCUUCGAUGCCCUUCAGCUCACCUCGGCUGAGGUAGCCGGCCUGACACAUUGGGAGGGCACGAAGUGGGCCAAGGAACGAUACGAGAAGGAGCAGGGCAUCACCAUUCGUGAUACCGCGGGCGACGGUCUACCGGACUGGCGAGAACCUGGCAGUCGCUGGCGGGCAGCAGCGUCCAGACGGGCGACCGGCUCAUCGCCUGGCUACGAUAUCAUAUCGAGCAUCGGACUGCAGCUGAACGAACGGCUUCUGGAGCGGGUGGCCGCCCAUAACGCUGGCGAUACCUCACAGCCCCUGGACGAAGACUGGGAGCAGUGGCUGAAGAAUGCCAUCGAGACUGGCAACCUCUCGCUGGUUGCUGAACACAUCGACCGUCUGACGGCUGCGCCGACGGCAGCCUCGAUCCCGGAAGAUUCCAGCCCGGAAGAUUCUACCGCCUUCGGUUCGCCCAGAAGGCACCGACCCACAGGGUCGGACGGCUGGAACAAUGUGCCCAUUCUUUUUCGGGAUGUGGUCAGCGAUACCUUCUACGCCGAGGUGGAAGCGGCUCUUGACUCGCCACCACUCCAAGAGGCUGCUUCUCCAGCGCCUUCAAUGGCGCCGCGUCGUACCUACUCGCACUUGCGUCUCCCUGCCAACGAGCGUUCCCGCUCGGGCUCGAACGGUGCUGCUUUCUGA